AUGUCUACCAACCGGCCCUUCCUAGCCAACUUCCUGGCCGCCUUCCGCGCCCAGUCAGCCUACAAAGCAUCCUCCUCAUCAACUGGAACAGCCUCUCUAUCCUCCGCCCAAAUCUCCCAAUCCGCCCGCGCUAUCGCCUCCAAGGCCGCCGGCUCCACACCCUCCCAGUCCCAUCAUACAUCAGCAUCAACAUCCGCCCAGACCCCACAUGCUCCCCAGCACAACCACACCUCUUCAACUUCAACACACCACUCUCACCACUACCACUCCGAAUCACCCAUCGCCGCAUCCCCACCACCUACCCCGUCCUCUUCAACUCCUAUCCCGAUUCGAGGCCCGGACCGCCAACGCCGCGGAAGUGACUCGUCAUCUGGCUCGGGCGGAUUCCGUGAUGCUCUAGGCCCGGAGAAGUGGUAUAUCGGUGGCCGGACGCCGGCCGGAGAAGAGAGAUUCUACCGGCUGGGUAUGGUGACGAAGGGGGGUGGGAGACUCGGUGGUAGUGGACGGGUUGGGAGUAUUGAUCAGUUGAGUCUCUAG